ACGGCUGCAUUGUAUAUGCACACUGGAAAUAUGGAAAAGCGUCUUGCCACUUUAUCCGGGCAUCUUUAUACGUUUAUCUUGAGACGAGAAAGUUGCGUAAUCGUGGUCUUCAGGAAAUGAUUAAAUAAGUGCUGGGGCCCCUUGGCUGGUGGAGGCGGUGUAAUAGAUGAGAGGCAGGCUGUAAGAGCCGAGUACACUGCACACUAUACACAGUACUGAAGCAGGAUACAAGGUACAAAAAUGAACCACAACAAGUCUGGAAAGUAUAACAGCAGAAAAACGUUUCUGUUUACAUCGGAAUCUGUUGGAGAAGGGCAUUCUGAUAAGAUGUGUGACCAGAUCAGUGAUGCAGUAUUGGAUGCAUAUCUAUCUCAAGACCCAGAUUCCAAGGUUGCCUGUGAGUGUGUAGCAAAGACUGGCAUGAUCUUGCUGUGCGGAGAGGUCACAUCAAAAGCAAUUGUAGACCUUCAGUCUGUUGUCAGGAAUACCAUCAAGAAAAUUGGAUAUGAUGAUUCUUCCAAAGGUUUUGAUUAUAAGACCUGCAAUGUGCUGGUUGCUUUGGAGCCCCAGUGCAUGGAGAUCACAGACUGUGUUUUUGAGGGCAGGAACGAGGAAGAUAUUGGUGCAGGAGACCAGGGUUUCAUGUUCGGGUAUGCUACUGAUGAAACAGAUGAGUGCAUGCCCCUGACCAUACUCUUGGCUCACAAGCUCAAUGCAAAGAUGAAAGAGCUCUCCAGGAACAGAGUAUGUCCGUGGAUCAGACCGGACUCUAAAACACAGGUGACCGUGGAGUACCGUGACAAUGAGGGAGCAAUGGAGCCCGUACGGGUUCACACAGUGGUCAUAUCAGUCCAGCACAGUCCAGAUGUGUCCCUGCAGAAGAUCAGAGAUGACCUGAGGGAGAAAGUGAUCAAAGCUGUCAUCCCAGCCAAAUAUCUAGAUGACAAAACUGUGUAUCACUUACUGCCAAGUGGGAAGUUUCUCGUUGGUGGACCGCAGAGCGACGCGGGACUGACGGGGCGGAAGAUCAUCGUCGACACGUACGGGGGCUGGGGCGGCCACGGCGGGGGGGCCUUCUCUGGGAAGGACUACUCCAAAGUGGAUCGCUCCGCGGCUUACGCGGCCCGCUGGGUGGCCAAGUCCCUGGUGAAAGCAGGGCUCUGUAAGAGAGUCCUGGUCCAGAUCUCCUAUGCCAUCGGAAUAAGCCACCCGCUGUCCAUCGCAAUCUUUCAUUAUGGCACCUCGACUAGAGAUGAAGAUGAGCUGCUGGAGAUAGUGAAGAAAAACUUUGACCUGCGACCUGGGGUCAUUGUUAGGGAGCUCAAUUUGAAAAGACCCAUCUAUCAGAAAACGGCGUGUUAUGGGCACUUUGGGAGAGAAGAAUUUCCCUGGGAAAAAUCAAAGCCACUGGUGUUCUGACAGAGUCAAUGUUGACCUGCAGUCCUGUCCGAGACACGUAUCUUCACUCUCAUCACAUCUGACAUCCAGAGAGUUUUGUUCCUGAAACACGAUGACUUUGCAAUAAAACAAAAUGGGCUUUAAAGUAUGUUUUAUACUACAAGUAUAUAUUGACACACUUGGUAAACACGUAUGUAUGGGGUUGCACUAAAUGUUUUGAAACUUAUUAAAAAACAUAAUUAU